AGUAAUAACUAAUGUAGUAGUAAUGCCUAAUUGUUUAAGAUUAGUUUCUUAGGAACAUCAUCACUCAUCUCAUAAUCUUUUCACGUUUAUAUUUUUCUAAAGCAAAAGAAUCAAUCAAAACUCUCCAAUCUCCCACAAACUUUCUUUCAACUCCAACAUCAAAACAUCAUUUUCCUCACACAUCAUAACCAUUAAUUAUCUCUCACUUUUCUUCCCUCACUCAAUCAACAACCUAAAAGAACAAAUGCACUAACAUGCCCAUGCUCCCCCUCAACUCAUCUUUAUCAUUGGAAUUCAAAGUUCUAACCUCUAAUUUUCAAUACCUCAAACAAUGGAAUCUCCAAUCUUCCUCAACCUCACCUCUCUAAACAACAUGUUCUUCUUCACACUAACCCAAAACAAAAAACACCAACUUUGUUAACACACAAAAACACAAACUAGUUGAACCAUUUUCACAUGGAGAUUCACAGAAACACAAACAAGAAAUGGGGAGGUGCAAAAAAGGAAUCAAAAUGGAAGAAAAUGAUUUUCUUCAACACUUCAAAAACUACCCAAAAUCCACCUCAAGAAUUUCUAUGCCCCAUUUCUGGUUCUCUCAUGUCCGACCCUGUAAUUGUCUCCUCCGGCCAUUCCUUCGACCGAACCUCAAUCCAAGCCUGUAAAAAUCUCAACUUUACCCCUCAACUUCAAGAUGGCACCACCCCCAAUUUCACAACCCUAAUCCCAAAUCUUAACCUCAAAUCCUCCAUUCUCAAAUGGACCCAAACCCAAACCCAAUCCCAAUCCAAAUUCCAAACCCAAACCAACCAAAAUCUCACCACAACUGAAAACCUCGUACGUACGCUAAUGUUCUCUAAGAAACAUCAACAACCCCAAAACGACGUCGUAUCAGAGAAAAACGACCAGGAAAAAGAAACACUACAAAUCUCAAUCUUAACCCCACAAAAAACCUCGUACUCGAGCUCAGAGGAAUCCAUAGCUACUGCCACAUCAUCAUCAACAACAACACCAAAAUUUCAAAGCUUCUCCUACUCUUCACCUUCCUCUUCCGAAAUUGAACCUUCAACAACACCGGAAGAAGAAGAAUUCGUGACCAAACUCAGAAACCCUCAAUCGAUUAUAGUAGAAGAAGCUCUAAUCUCUCUCAGAAAAAUCACGAAAACGAAAGAGGAAUCUAGGGUUCAACUCUGCACCAAUAGGAUACUCUGUUCUUUGCGUUCUUUGAUUUUGUUCAAAAACGACGUCGUAAGAGUCAACGCUCUUGCUUCAUUAGUCAACCUUUCUCUCGAGAAAGUUAACAAAGUGAAGAUCGUACGGUCAGGAAUAGUUCCACCGUUGAUUGAGGUUUUGAAGUUCGGAUCCAGUGAAUCGCAGGAACAUGCUUCCUGUGUGCUCUUUAGUUUAGCGCUUGAUGAUGAUAAUAAAACUGCCAUUGGUGUUUUAGGUGCACUUUUGCCAUUGCUUCACGCGCUUAAAUCGGAGAGUGAGAAGACGCGUCACGACUCGAGUUUGGCUCUUUGUCAUUUGUCUUUAGUGAAGAGUAAUAGGGUUAAGAUGGUUAAACUCGGGUUUGUUUCGGUUCUUUUAGGAAUGGUUAAGUCGGGUUAUAUGAUGGAUCGGGUUUUGUUGAUUUUGGGUAAUUUGGGAUUUGGGUCGGAUGGUCGGGCUGCAAUGUUGGAUGCGGGUGUUGUGGAGUGUUUGGUGGGUUUAUUGGGUGGGGCCGAGUUGGAUUCUGAGUCAACUCGAGAGAGAUGUGUUGGGGUUUUGUAUGUAUUGAGUCAUGGCGGGUUGAGAUUUAAGGCAGUGGCGAAAAAGAUUAGGGUUGUGGAAAUGUUGCAAAAGAUAGAGAAAAUGAAGAGUGAGAAAGCUAAUGAGAAAGUACAGAGGAUAUUGGAGAUUAUGAGUGAGAAAGAGGUGGAAGAGGAAGAGGUAGAUUGGGAGGAGUUGCUUGACUCAGGGUUCAGUGGCCGAACUAUGAGUCAACUCAGUAAUGGGUUGGACGAAUCAAAUGCUAACUCGAAUGAAUUUUGAUUACAUGUAUUUUUUAAUGUAAUUAUUACUUCUUCUUUUUGUCAUGUCAAUGUUGUUGAUGAUCAAUUGGAUGUAAAUUGGAAUUCAUGGUA